CCACAGUCCACAGACUCUCUCUACAGUGUCCACAGUUUCCUUCCAUACUAACUGGACUUUCCUUCCAAUCGUCAACGUCACUCUACCGUUAACCCACGUGUCACGGUAUAAUUAAAUACAAAAUAUAUUUCUCUUAUUAUUUAUUUUUUUAAAAAAAGGCACCGAUCUUCUCUCUGAGUCGAAGAAGGGAAUAAAACCAGAGAUAUCCGCUUUUGCGAUAUCCAUCUUCAAGAGAAUAUUCCUAAACAUAUUCUCUCUCCUCUCCCUUCCCCUUUCCUAUAAUUAUCUUCCUCCUUCCAUGCGCCUCAUUCUCCCUUUAUUAUUUCCCUUCACAUUUUCCCCGCAGAUUCCCACAAUUCCGUUUGCAUUACUCCCGAAUUCCUCCUUGUUCCGAUCGGCGAUUGGCGUUUUCGUGAUCAAUCUGAGGAAGAACCGGUGAACAAACAAAAAGAAUUAUGAAGUUUGGCAAGAGUUUGAGCAACCAGAUCGAGGAGACGUUACCGGAAUGGAGGGACAAGUUUUUGUCCUACAAGGAGUUGAAGAAACGGCUCAAGCUUGUUGAGCCCAAGAAGAGUAAUCCGGCGGCGGCGGCGGCGGAGGAGGAGAAUGAUGACGUGGCUCUGGCUCGGGCGAGUAAGAAACCUCGGCUGGAUUCUGCCGCCGCCGUUGGUGAGAAGAUGACGGAGGCAGAGAUUGAUUUUGUGAAGCUGUUGGAAGAUGAGCUGGAGAAGUUCAAUUCCUUCUUUGUGGAGCAGGAAGAGGAGUAUAUCAUCAGGUUAAAGGAGCUACAAGAUAGAGUGGCAAAGGCCAAGUACUCAAGUGAUGAGAUGAUAAAGAUACGAAAGGAAAUUGUUGACUUACAUGGGGAGAUGGUUUUAUUGGAAAACUACAGUGCUCUUAAUUAUACAGGUUUGGUGAAGAUAUUAAAGAAGUAUGACAAAAGAACUGGUGCCCUCCUCCGCUUGCCCUUCAUUCAGAAGGUUUUGCAACAACCCUUCUUCACCACUGACUUGCUGUACAAGCUUGUGAAAGAGUGUGAGAGAAUGCUUGAUAAUCUCUUUCCUGUCAUUGAUACCUCUGUAACUGAGACAGCUGAAGAGAAUGAACCUUCAUCCACUGCCACCACAAAGGAUGAGAGAUUGCUCCGAGGCCCGAAGGAACUUGUAGAGAUAGAGUACAUGGAGAGCUUGUAUGUGAAGAGCACUUUAUCAGCUUUAAGGGUUUUGAAGGAAAUCCGAAGCGGGAGUUCCACAGUUAGCGUAUUUUCUUUGCCUCCACUGCAGAGCGGUGGAAUUGAGGAGCAAUGGAAUAAGGUUCCCAUUCUAGAGCAAGUUGCAAAAUAGUUAGGAUCACCUGUUUCCUCUGUAUGCUGUUACUUUUCAUAACAAUUUUUACUCUUUUUGCACGUCAUGCAUCUGUUAUGCAUGUUGUAUUAGUCACUAACACAGAUGUAAAAUACAUAUGAUAGGCACUAAAGAUCUUUUGGAUGAUCAAAUGAUAAUUUUACAAUGUCAAUUUUGCACUCAUUACUUAUUGUAUGUAGCUGUGCAACCCUGGAAUCAUUUUCAUUGAACUGUAUAUUUAUAUAAUAGGCCCAAGGGAUUGAUUGAAGUCAUUAUUUUGCUCAUGGGUCUUGCCGUCUUGGUGCAGAGAAUUUUACUAGAUUAUGGUGAGAGCAAGAGUACGUGUUAGAAUUGAACAGGCUAAUAAAGGAA